GUUCAUAGCUCCAAAGGCAAGCUGCUAGAAAAUCCAGACAGAUAGUAUACUCAGAUUUCGAUCGAGUAUGGCAUCAUCAUCAUCAUCUUCAUCGUAUGAUCGCAUGACGUACAAUGUUUUCUUGAGUUUUAGCGGUGAGACACGAAAAUCAUUUUCCGAUCAUCUCUAUGCAGAUUUGAAGCAGGCUGGAGUUAACACCUUUCGGGAUGAUGACUCAAUCCAGAGAGGCGAGGAUAUUUCUGCUGAGCCGUCUAGAACCAUAGAGGAGUCGAGGAUAUCCAUCAUUGUAUUCUCAAAAGACUAUGCUGGAUCCCGAUGGUGUCUAGAUGAGCUUGUGAAGAUCAUGGAAUGUAAACAAAAGUUGAACCAAAUUAUUUUUCCCAUAUUCUACAAUGUUGAUCCUUCUGAGGUUCGCAAACAAACAAUCACUUUUGGUGAUGCAUUGACUCUACAUAGACAAGGAUUUGGAGAUCAAAAAGUUAAUGAGUGGAAAGAUACACUCACUGCAGCUGCUAACUUGUCCGGAUGGGAUUUGCAAACCAUGUCAAAUGGGUAAUCCUAACUCUUUUAAUUUCCUUUUAUUUGUUGAUAUUUGCCAGACACACUUACUCAUAUAAUAAAUUCAUAUUUAUGGUAAUUUUUUAAAGAAAAUUUUAUAAAUAAUUGAAGAAGAAGAAUCUGCAUCUUCUAACUGUGCUUUUUAAUUAAGUUUUAUA